UACGAGGUCGUUGUGGAACUUGAUUUUGAUCCCUGGAGCCCUUCAUAGUUCACAGUAUAUUGUCUUGUUGGGAAGAAUGGCUAUUGAUGCUGUCGAAGCCUCAUCUUCAUCUCCCUCUCCUUCUCCUUUGUCUUCUCAUUCCAGUCAACCACGUCACUACUACGUUGCCGUCGACAGACCACAAUUCAAAAUGGUGACAAUGGUGGAUCUGUUGCGUGUGGCGCGGAAACGUUCUUCCUUACCUACAGUACUGUGUUGCAGCUCACGCGAUGAGCUUGAUGCCGUCUGCUCUGCUGUCUCUAACCUUCCUAAUGUUUCCUUGGAUUCUCUGUACAGUGAUUUGGCUGAAGCUGAACGCAUGUUGAUAUUGGACAAAUUCCGUCAAGCAACCACGAAAUUGAACCACAACCCUGCUGCUAGUGCUAAAGUAAACAAUGAAACUGAAAAUGAAGAGCAUGAGUUGUUUAUGAUGGUUGUAACAGAUGCAUGCCUACCUCAUGUUUCUUCGGGGGAGUCAUCUAUAUGUGCUCGUGUUUUGAUAAAUCAUGAGUUACCGACGAAGAAGGAAACAUACUUGAGGCGGAUGGCAACUUGUUUGGCGGCAGAUGGUAUUGUGAUCAAUAUGGUCGCUGGGGCUGGUGAAGUAAUGACCCUGAAAAGCAUCGAGGAGAGCAUGGGUCUAGUUAUUGAGCAGAUGCCCAUAGAUAUCUUUGAGAUGUUAUGAAGGCAGUAGGUUGCAACAACAGGAGGACUUGGGUUUUUUCCUGAAUUUGUAGUGUGAGGCUUAUAUGGGUUGUGUACCGCACACCCAGAACCAUAAUUGUGUUACUUUGUACUCCAUCCAGGUAAGAGUCCUGGUAUGGUUGUGUAUACCAUUUCCAAGAGGUGAAAUGUCGGAUUCAUUAUCUAUGAGCUUCUCUUUUGACAUGAUCUGUGCCCACAAUCAACACAAAAUCAGACCCUCUUGGUUGGAAAAAAAAAUGGUGAAAAUUU